AGGAGCAGCGCCAGUGAACGUGGACGAGCGGCUGCGGCCGAGCUGCUGCCUAGCCGACUACAAGCUGCAGGAGGUGACUGUGGUGCCGCGCAACAGUCGAACAAACACGGUGCUGUCGUCGGCCGACAUUCUAGCAAUGCAGAAAAAGACGGACGGAAAGCGGAAGAUCUUCGCCAUCUUUGGCAAGAAAAGCAAGCCGUCGGUGAUCGAGAGCACGGCGUCGUCGGACAGCCUGGGGGACCGCUCCGUGUCGCCGGACGGCUCGGAGGAGUCCGCCGACCGGCCGCGGUCGCUCAGCCCGCAGCCGCAGGUCAUCCAGGCGCCACCCAGGUCUAAGAAGCGGGCAGCGCCCAAGCCACCGUCGCAGCCCAAUGGGGCGAGCCCCGCACCGGCGGCGCCGGCCGUGUCCGCCGCCGGCAGGCCGCCCAGCGAGCUGUCCGAGGGCGCCGAGUCGGUGGAGUCGCGCCACAGCUCCGACAGCUCCGGCUACCACGAGGCCGGCCUGAGCGACGCGCCCGACAGUCCCAGCGAGCGUCUGCAGGCGGCGGCGGCGGCGGCGCCCACCAACCUGGGCUCCGUCUCCUCCUACUCCACGUCCAACCUGGCCUCUUCCAACCUCACCCUGGUCAACUCGGCCUCGACCGUGUCGCUGUCGUCGGCCGUGCGCAAGCGGCGCGCGCCGCCGCCCCCCAUUCCCAAGAUAGUGGAGGACCCGCAGCUGCAGCCGGCCGCGGAGGCGGCGCCGGUCGCUCCCCAGGCCGCGAGCCCGGCCGCCGCCGACGCCGGCGCCCCCGUAGCUCAGCGCCAACCUGUAGAGGCCCGACCAGACGAUGAGACUGAGCCGAAGAAUAGCUCGUCGUCCGGAUCGUCGACAUCGACGCUUGAGAAGGCUCAGAAGAAGGCGUCCUCCCGCCGUGACUCCUUCGCCUCGACCGAGACGCUGACGUCAUCAGACCAGCCGAUGGUGCCCGCCGUCGGCCAAUCCACGUCCCCCAAUGCUGAGCGCGCCAGCGAAUCAGCGGCUCCGGCAGAAAUCACCGACCAAUCCGACGCAGCGAUCGCGACCGAUGGCCGAGAUUCGGUGACGGCAGACGCGGUAAGCGAUCUGAAGGCGGUCACAGAAGCAAAAACUAGAGCAGCGGAGGCCGUUUCUGAGGGCGGAACGCAGUCGGCGACAGCGGGCAAAAGCCAGUCGGGAUCAGACGAUCUGGUGCAGAAGCGAGCAGCACCCAACCCAACAACAGCAGACGAAAACAAACCCACGGAUGGUAAUGCAACUCCUGUGCCGUCGUCUCGGACAGGGGCAGUGCUGUCCUCUGCGCCCGCGAGCCAAUCGGCGGAGACCGUCAUCCAAUCACCGUCGCCCAUCGCACCAGUUGGCCAACCAGAGAGCAGUCUAGAGAGAUCGGCCAGGCCAGCAGAGCGUACCGAAAAUCCUCCGCAACAGCCUGUCGUCAAGGAGUCUGUUCAAAGUGAGACAAUACCUGCGGUCCCGAAGACACAAGAACCCGUUGUAGAAGUUGACUCCCAGUUCGCACAAACGCGCCAUAAGUCAGCCGAGGUUGUCACGCCGACGCCGCCGCCUCCACCAGCUGUGGCGGAGCUGCCGGCCGUGGAGGCGAGGCUGUCGGCGCCAGAAGAGGUCAGCAGUGAGGACAUGGAGACGGCGCGCCUGCAGCGCGAGGUGGACAGCGCGCUGGCGUGCCUGGAUAACAACCUGGACCAGGUGCUGGCGCAGGCGAGCGCCUUCACCGACGCCGCCAGCCUGCCGGCCGAGGCACUGGCGUGCGCGCCUCCGCCACCCGUGUCUGAGGCCACACUUCCGGCGACGACGCGAGAGAGCCGCCGCCCGCCCCCGGAGACGAGCGAGACCGUCGAGGAGACGCUGCAGGUUGUCGAGGAGACUCUGCAGACUGUCGAGGAGACGCUGCCGGCGGUCGCGAAGGCGGCGGCGGUGGCGGGGCCGGCGCGGUCGCUCAGGAGCGAAGGAGUGCCGCCUGCGGAGGCGGAGCAGCCACCGUCGGCGUCCCCAGCGCAGCUCACCGCCGCUGUCCAGGUUCAUAAGGAGACCACUGUUGUUGCAGAGGUCGUGCAGAAGUCGGCGGCGCCGGAGAGCCAGGCAGUGGCAGACGUUCGCUCUGCCGCUGAGGUAGCGCAGGCGUCCUCCCUGUCGGCGGCUCCCAAGACGGAAGCUGGGCGCCACCAGAACGGAGCGCGCGACACGCAGGAGCUGCCUCCGAAGGCGCGACCAGUGAAACAGAUGCCUCCAGCGAAGGUGGUGUAUCAAAAUGGACACAAUUUGUCUGCUGAAGCUCAGGAAGAAGUCAUGGAAAAGGUCGAAAAAGUGCAGCGUAAUCGGAUGACCUCCAAAGACAUCCAGGUUGAGAUUGAAAAGAAGCUGGCGUCCGUCGAGCAGCUGCCCAGGCGGCCGGCUCGUCUGGUGUGCGACGCUCCGCCGCCGCCGGCGCCGGUGGCGGGGGUGGCCGGCGAGUCGGCCAGCUGGGAGUACCAGCUGCCGGACCCGCCGACGCCCUUCCAGGACCAGGCGCCGGGCCGCGCGCCGCUCGAGGCUCCGCUCGAGUUCCAGGACUCGAUGACGGUCACGUCGAGCGAGUUCUCGGGCGGCGAGGCCGGCGAGCUGGCCGAGGCCACCAACGUCGGGCUGGCGGAGCGGCUGGCGGCCGACCAAUCAGAACCGGCCGCGGAGGACGGGCGGCCGGCCAAGCCGGAGCGGCGCCGCUCGAGCGUGACACGCCAGAUGAGCUUCUCGAUCGGCGCCUACGGCCAGCGCGAGCCGCCGCCGGAGGGCGCUGGCAGUCGGCUGCAGAAGGCAGACUCGUUCCACUACCAGCGCAGCGCGGCCGGCGCGUCUGGCUCCCCACCUCAGGUGACCUCGGGCGCCGAGGGGCCGGCCGCAGAGGUCGUGAGCCAGCCAAUCACCGCUGGCUACAUAACAGCCGAGCCCGGUUUCUUUCCAGAGAGCGAGGUGAGCGACAUCCAGUCCGAGUUCCUCAAGCUGCAGAAGCAGUUCCUGCACUGGCAGCAGCAGCUGCUGCAGAACCAGUCGAUCCUGCAGGCCAAGGUGGCGCCGCUGGCCGGCCGGCCGGCCGCCUCCAGCCUGCAGAGCCUGCAGGUGAUAGAGGAGCUGAACCGGCGCGCGCCGCGGUUGCUGCCCCAGUGCCGCCUGUAG